ACUUCAAUCUUAUCUAAUUAUUAUAUCACAUAGCCUCCUCCUCCACUUACUCUCUCUCUAGAUCCAACCCAUUCCUUUAUUUCUGUCCGAGUUGAUCCUGAUUCGACAUUAAAAGUAUAUUGAUUUUUUUCCGAUAACGGAAAAAAAUGGAAACAACCCACCACCUCCACCCUCCACCAGGCGUGACCGAACAAGAGUUCGACACAUUAAAGAGUUCCAUAAAAGAAUUCCACACCUACAUCCACACGCGAGCCCAAUGUUCAUCUCUACUAGCGCAACACAUACACACCUCAUCCGACAUAGUCUGGUCAAUAAUACGCCAAUUCGACAAGCCACAAGUCUACAAACACUUCAUCAAAAGCUGUAGCGUGAAAGAAGGCUCUGUUAUAGCCGAAGGAUGCACGCGUGAUGUUAUUGUCAUAUCUGGGCUGCCAGCGGCUACUAGCACGGAGCGGUUAGACCGGCUGGACGAUGAGAACCACGUGAUGGAGUUUUCCAUCAUUGGUGGUGAACAUAGGUUGAGAAAUUACCGUGCUGUCACCACAGUGCACCAAAUUAAGCCCAACGAGACGAUUGUUUUGGAAUCGUAUAUGGUGGAUGUGCCCGAGGGGAACUCGGAGGAAGACACUCGGUUUUUUGCGGAUACUGUGGUAAGGUUGAAUCUGCAGAAGCUGGCGAAUGUCACCGAGGCUAUUGCCCGCGGUGCGGAGACUGCUGCUGCGGCUGAGUCGCUUAGUAUCAGGUGAUAUCAGGUGAAGGUGAUAUCUGCUACCGUGUUUUUACACGGGUUUUACAUCUACUUUUUUAUUUUAAGAAAAAAAAAAAAUUAAAGGCAGAAAUGUUUGAUAUAUUCAUUUAUUUCUAUAUUUAAGACCAUUAUUUUUAUUGAAAAGGCGACAAUACUCUUCUAGGGGUUUUUUGAAUUGACGUUACAUUAUUGAUUUA